AUGUGUUCGGAUUUGGAAGAAGAUAAACAAGAUCUUGAAAAAAAGGUUUUUCCGAUUGGACUUCCUACUGAUUUUUUUGGAAGUCAAGCUACAUUGGCUAGGUUCACUAAUGUAGAUGAUGAUUGGAAACAAAAGCUUCAAGGUAAAUUCUUGAUAGUUAAACGCUACAUUAGCCGAAGUGACAAGAAACCAUCUAGACUCAAAAGGUUUUCCUCAAAGAUUGACUCAUCAACAUCUAAAGAUUAUAAAGUUGGUAGGAAGAUAAUUGUUGAGAAGAAAGGACCAAAGUGUUUCAAUUGUGGAGGCACUGAUCACUUCUCUGGGGAGUGUAUAUCCAAGAAGAUGGAUACAAAUGAAGAUUAUGAUGAAAAUUAUAAGAAGUUGUUGGCCUCUCUGAAGAGGCAAAACAUUGAUGUAAAAAUCUUGGUAGCAGAAGUAGAUAGUUGGGUGGAUGAUGAAAAGUCAUCUGAGGAAGAUCAACCAAAGGACAAGUGUUUUAUAGCACACAUUGAUGUGUUUGUCACUUAUGAAGGAAGUAACGAUGCAAGCACUUUUAAAGCUAAUCUAGAUAAAGCUGAUAAGGAUUCAAAGAUAGUGGACUGGGAUUCAACAUCUUUAUAUAAGGUAAACAAACUUUUCAACUCUUUUGAUAACGAAAAAUGCAUGAUGUUUGAGAUCAAAAAUUUUCAGCAAUACAUACAUAAAUCAAAAUCUUGUUGA